ACAAAACAAGCACGACAUACACCCCCGCGUGCGGAAUCUAGAUCAUCAUGAUAGCAUCCCAUGAGAGCAUCCCUGCAUCAUGGCAUGGCCAUAGCCGUAGGCUAGGCCCCCGACUCUGACCCCACUUGCAGCCAUAGCAGCCUCAGGCAUACACCGGGGUAAAUAAGGUAAACGUCAGGCAGACAGGCAGACAGGCAGCCAGGCAGCAAUUACCCCGCCAAGCCAACGCCACGCCGCAACCGCCACGGGAUCGAGUCGAGUCAUCGCUGAGCUGAGCUGGCGGGCAGCAGCGAUCAGCACAUACAUUUACCUCAACCCAUCAUCAAACCAAAUCACAACAUCCUAAUCUACCACCACCUUCCAAACCAACCCACAGACCGAGUGAGACAAUGAGCGCCUCCAAGCAAGCAGUCGUCUGCGUCUUCUGCGGCUCCCGCUCCGGCACCUCACCCGCCCACCUCGAAGCCGCACGGGCUCUAGCGCGCCAAUUCCACGAACACAACGUACAGCUCGUCUACGGCGGCGGCACGGUGGGGAUCAUGGGCGAACUGUCCCGAACGCUGGUCUCCCUCUCCGGCCCGAAAGCCGUGCACGGGAUUAUUCCGCGCGCGCUCGUCGAGGUCGAAGAAGGAUAUAAGACUCCGUCCCUUCAUGAGACCGGGAACGGAGACGCAGGAGCAGCAGGAGCAGGCAAAGCCCCCGAACGGCUGGGCGGAGACACACUCGAGGAAACGGAGUACGGACAGGUGACGGUGGUGCCGGACAUGCACACGCGCAAGCGGCUGAUGGCGCAGAAGGUUCUGGAGGGGGGACUGGGGUCCGGGUUCGUGGCGCUGGCGGGCGGGUUCGGGACGAUGGAGGAGCUGAUGGAGGUGACGACGUGGAAUCAGCUGGGGAUCCAUAAGGCGGGGGUGGUGCUGUUGAAUAUCAACGGGUACUGGGACGGCGUGCUGCAGUGGGUGCAGUCCGCUGUGCAGCAGGGGUUCGUCAGUCGCGAGAAUGCCACCAUCCUCGCCGAGGCGGACCGGGCGGAGGACGUGUUGCGCAUGUUGCGCGAGUAUCGCAUCAGCAGCGACCGCAUGGCGUUGGAUUGGGGCCAGGAGUAGACUGCCUGCAGGGGUACUGGGUACGACGGGAUCGGGGUAUACCGCAUGAUAGACGUCUAUAUAUCAAGUGCUAGGCGAAUGGAACGGACUUCUCUUUGACUUGGCCUGGCGCGACGCGAUGCCCGGAUGCCACCCAGGAACAGAUGCAAUGGCUCAGAGAAGGCAGGAUGUACUAACUGAAGUGAUGCCUCAGGCCAUCCUGCAGCCGCCCGAAAUGCGGAGGCUGGACCAACCAGGUUAGUCUGCCUGUCAACUAACCGAUCGCACCGAUCGACCCCGCAGUCCCUGAUUUUCUUUCUUUCUAUAUUUUAUCUUCUAUA